GCCAUGUUGCCAGCUGUGUCACUGCUAACAUUGUGAUGUCACAGCUAUGCCCAGUACCCAGUUCUUAUACAUAUGCACUACUGGGCAUGACAUCACUUACAGAGAUUUCUCUUAGGAGGAGAUCUUACGAGAUCUUAGGAGGAGAUCGGAGGUGUUUCCUAGAGGCUUACGAACUGUUUUUACUUAAAUUAUUUAAACACUUUUUUUGAAAAGAAAAAUGACUGAGACAAAAGAUAAACUAAUAAAUUCUAAAUUUGAUGAGAUGUUGGAGGAAAAUAAUCCCCAUGUAGAAGAGGCUGAAGCUGAGGCAUAUUUCCAGCUUCUUAGUGAUAAAAAGAUUAUGUCUUUCCUUCAAAAGGACCGCUUUUACAAAAUAGCAGACAAAUACCUUCUUGCUAUAGUGCUUAUAUAUUUCAAGCGUGCGGGACUAAAGAUUGAUGAAUUUACUCGGCAGAACUUUGUUGUGUCCCUGUACCUGGCACAUGAGAUUGAGGAAGAUACAGAUAUCCCAAAGAUGGCCAUGCUUGCCUGGGUUUUAGGAAAGAACCUGAAAGAAAAGCGCAGAAAUUUCAUUAGGAAGUGGGACAGGUUCUUACAGCAGAUGGACUACAGGGCAAUCGUGUCCAAAUCAGAGUGUGAUGAGCUGAUGGCCCAGCAUAACCCAUCUCAUUGGGCCUGGCUCAGAGAUAGAUCAGAACAUCAUGAAUCUACUGAUGGAUCAAGUGAGAUUCCAAAAGAGGAUAAAAUUACAUCUAGUCCAAGCAGCCAGUGUGCAGCCAGUGUAAAGCAGCUGGAAAGAAAGAGAAAAAGAACGGAUGAGGAGACGGAGAACUCCCCAGCUGCCAAAAUUCAAAAAACAUAGAGCUAGAUUGUAACACUCCUGCUAUUGAUAUGUUCUAUUAUCUAUUAAUGUACUUCUUACCUAUUUAUUUCUUAUUUAAUAAUAAAAAUGUUGAGACUAUAUUGUCUCUUGAUUGCAAUGUUUUACAUUGAGUUUUAUUUUCAGUUCUGCAGAACCAGAACUAGGGGUAGGCAGUACAAGCAGCUGCCUAGGGCGCAAUAGUCGAGGGGUGCACAAAUGACUAAA